CAUCUGUGUCCAGUGCGCGGAUUAGACGCUUAUUAUCCUCUUAGCUCUAAAUGGCCCCACGUUCCUUGCACUUGGUUGUGAGGCUCAUCUGCUGUCUAAGAGGCGAAUCGGAGCGUGGCACGACAUCGAUCAUGCGUAAAAAUGACCGUGGCCACCAUUCAUCGGUGUUUGUGAGGACGAAUUAACGGCGGGAUUGUCGUCCAUCGUCUGUCAGAGCGCAUCUCCGGGGCUCGGUCACUAGGCUGCUCGUCCGUUCAUGACCCACCCCACUGAUCUUUUGCAGACUGUAAUCUUAUCAGUGUCAAAGCGUAGCUGCCCUUUCCCCCACGGACAGAUCCCGUGCGUCUUUGGAGGGCGUUUGUCUCCACAUUUGGAAGAGAGACGAGCUUUCAUUUGAGGCAGCUUCCCCACCAGCUCAGCAUCUACUUAUUGAUAAAGUUGCGCUUUUGGAUAUGUCCUAAAAUGUGGAUUUGACCAAGUGAAAUUAUGGAUCUUACAUGUAAAGAGAAGCGUCUGCUAUGUUUACUUUUCUUUGCUAUCUGCUCUGCCAGCGUUUGCUUUGGUGCCAGAAGAUCAAAUGCGCGGAGAAGUGAUCGUCUGAGUCCUCCAUUAGACAUCCAGCUGGAGACUCUCAAUUGUAGCGCCUUCAGUGUGCGAUGGAAAAUGCCCCGCAGACAUGUCAGCACAAUCACUGGAUACAAGGUCUUUUACACAGAGAUGAAGAAUGGCCGCCCAAUUAGUACGACAUCCAUCAUGGAGGUUCCGCUAAGUUUGGACAUGCUAACCACUGGACAAUUUGAUGGACAAGCCAGCUUUGAUGUAAACAUUGGCAACCUGAAGAUGAACUCUAAGUACAGAGUCAGUGUUGGAGCAUACGGUUGGGCCGGGGAGGGUCGACCCAGCAUGCCCAGAGACAUCAGUACUGCUUCACAUGAGAUGUGCAUGCCUCCAUCACCUCCUACUCAGCCAAUCGUCAUGGCUGUAUCGGACACAGAGUUGGCUUUAUCUUGGCAGGAAGGAGAGAGUCAAGGAAGCUCCCCUGUUCUUCACUUUCUGGUGGCUUACAUUAGGCCAGAAAUGGACACAGAGUGGACUUAUAUACGGGAGCCCAUUGAGACCAGCUCCAUGGUUUUAAAAGGACUGCUACCAGAAACCGAGUACCAGUUUGUUGUAAGAGCCGUCAACAUACACGGUGUAAGCCCACCCAGCCACAUCAACAACCCCGUACGAACUCUCGGUUCAGUAGACAUGGGCAGUGGGGAUGUGGGACACUAUAACACUGAUUCCAGAUAUAAAGAUGAAGAUGGAUUUGACAUUGAUGAUUCAGAUUAUGAUGUCUUUAUUGAAGAGUUGAAGCCAUUCCUAGGUAUCGGUGAGAACAACGGAAAGUCCCAACUCCGUUCACAUCCUGGUCCUCCAUCUGGACGAAAUGUUGUUUACCACAUGAACAGCAAAGUUCCUCCAAAUGUCACCGAUCAACCAGUUGAUGUGACCCCCUCGUCCAUAUUCUCAGACUUCACAGAUCUGGUUUUUACAGUCCCUUCAGAGCGUAGCAGUACUACUGACACAACAGCUACUGCUCCACCCACCACUACCAGCCCUCCUUUGGCCACCACCACUUCCAUCCGUACCAUCUCGCCCUGGCAGGGUGAGAUACCUCGCGUCUACGACAUGACUUGUGGUGAUACUGUGUGUCCACCUGACAGUUUCUGCCUCACUGAUUACGAGAGCGGAGGUUCCCGCUGCCACUGUAACCUGGGGCAUGGAGGAGACUCUUGUUCUGAGGCUGUGACAGUGAACUUUCCCAGGUUCUAUGGCUACUCUCACAUGACCUUUGAACCCCUGAAAAAUUCAUACCAGACCUUUCAAAUCGCAUUAGAGUUUAAGGCUGAUUCUGAGGACGGCUUGUUGCUUUACUGUGGAGAGAAUGAACAUGGCCGUGGAGAUUUUAUGUCUUUAGCUUUGGUUCAAGGCAAACUUCACUACAGGUUCAACUGUGGCACCGGAGCUGCCCAGAUAAUCAGUGAGAGCCCUGUUGUUCUCGGCCAGUGGCACAUCGUCACUAUAUUCAGAGAUGGAAUGAGCGGUUGGCUCCGUAUGGACAAUGACAACCCCAUAUCUGGACGCUCACAGGGUCAAUACACUAAGAUUACUUUUCGCUCGCCGCUGUAUGUGGGUGGAUCUCCUAGUGCUUACUGGCUGGUCAGGGCGACAGGCACAAAUUGUGGCUUUGUGGGCUGCAUUCAGAGCCUGACCAUCAACAACAAGGCUAUCGACAUUAGGCCAUGGCCACAGGGCAAAGCUCUCAGCGGAGCUGAUAUAGGUGAGUGCAGCGACAGAGUGUGUGACAUGGUUAGCUGUGCCAACGGUGGAGUCUGCUUUGCAAACCGUGCUGACGACUACAUUUGCCUCUGUCCUCUCGGCUUCAAGGGAGCUCUUUGUGAAGAGAGUUUCUCUCUGUCCUCUCCCCUCUUCAAUGAAACUGUGUUUUCGUACGCUGUCAUCUGGUGGCCUCAGUCCUCCCAGAGUUACCUCUCUUUCAUGGAGUUUGAGGUGACAUUCUGGCCAUCAGUGCCCAGCGGGGUGCUGCUGUACAGUGAUGAUGCAGGCAGCAGAGACUUCCUUGCUAUAAACUUGGUGGACAGAUACUUAGAGUUCAGAUUUGACUGUGGCUCUGGAGAAGCUGUUAUAAGGAGUGAAGAGCAGAUCAAUCUGGACUCCUGGCAUGAGUUGAGAGUAUCUCGAACUGCUAAAAGUGGGAUCCUGCAAGUGGACAACCAAAAACCGAUGGAGGGAAUUGCUGAGGGAGCUUUCACUCAGAUCAACUGCAGUUCGCCUCUCUAUCUCGGUGGGGUGCCAGACUAUGAAAAAACCAAGAGGACAGCAGGUGUAAUGAAGCCCUUUACUGGGAUCAUUCAGAAGCUGAUUCUCAAUGACCGCACCAUGCCAAUCACAGCUGGCUCUGCUGGCGGUGUAAAUAUUGCAAAUUCAGCACAUCCAUGUGUGGAAAAUCCUUGUGCCAAUGGAGGGACCUGCAGGCCAAAGUGGGAUGACUAUGAGUGUGACUGCCCUCUAGGGUAUGAUGGAAGGCACUGCCAGAAAGAGUGUGGAAAUUACUGUUUGAACACUGUGACUGAAGCCAUAGAAAUACCCCAGUUUAUAGGCAGAAGCUAUCUGACCUAUGACAACAGAGAUAUCCUGAAAAGGGUGUCUGGGUCCAGGACAAACCUUUUCAUGCAUUUUAAGAGCACAGCCAAGGAUGGUUUAUUACUCUGGCGAGGAGACAGUCCAAUGAGACCCAACAGUGACUUUAUCUCCAUGGGGCUUCAAGACGGGGCUCUGAUUUUCAGUUAUAACUUGGGCAGCGGUAUGGCUAACAUUGUUGUCAACGGGACGUUUAGUGAUGGAAAGUGGCACAGAGUCAAGGCUGUCAGGGAUGGCCAAUCAGGGAAGCUGACGGUCGAUGAUUACGGAGCAAAGACAGGCAGGUCACCUGGCAAGAUGAGACAACUCAAUAUAAAUGGACCCUUGUAUGUUGGUGGCAUGAAAGAGAUCGCCCUUCACACAAACAGACAAUACCUGGGAGGACUGGUGGGCUGCGUGUCCCAUUUUACACUUUCCACUGACUAUCACUUAGCUUUGGUGGAGGACGCAGCUGAUGGCAAGAACAUUAACACCUGCUCCAACUAGAGGAUUUUUUCACAUAAGGGGAGAGUUUCAACAAAUUUUUCAGCCUGAUUUGUCACCGUGAAUUUCACUUGUCAGAACCACAGCAGUAAAAACUAAAGUGUUUUUUUUAUUGUUAAUAUUUUUAAAUGCAUCAUAGGGUAUGUACUGAAGUCAUUCUGGCAAGAAGUGUUGUCACAUGAAUGUUUUUAUGAUCUCUCUAACUUGCAGAGUAAAAAUGUUUGCUGUAAUUUUAAAAAAAAUAUUUUGGUUUUAACAAGCUUUGAUCCGAGGUUGCAGGAAGAACUGACUGCAGAGGCACAAGUGCUCUAUCUGAAUCCACAUCACAAUCAUGGAUUAUGUUCUUUGCAAAAACUAAAGUAAAUAGAGAACAAAAAAACUGUUUUUAUGGGACAAUUCCAACCAUAUCUGUACUCUUUUUCUUUUUACUGUAAUCCCGUCUUUGAUUGCUGAAAGCACCAAAGGAACUUCAUUCACCAUGAACUUGAGCAGCCAGCGGAGAUAACCUUCGUUCCAGAUAAUCUUGGUUUUGGCUCUUCAGGAUAUUUGUGUCUUUCGUGUGAUAUUUGUUUUUUUGUUUGACAUGUUUUGUCAUUAGUUGGACACAUUUUGAAAAGUAUUUUGUGAUAUUAGUAUACUCUAACUGUUUAGUUUUUACACUAAGGGGUUCAUUUGCCUGUAGCAGUUUUAUGUCCUUGUCCAACUUACUUAUCAUUCAGUUUUAUCUUUUAGUUUCGGUCACAUGACAUCCUGAUCUUGACGUGGGGUGAAUUUUGGUUAAAAGAGAGACAGGAUUGCUGUCAUCUGACACAAACCCCAUUAAAUGCCAGCAUUUACAUUCCUUUCACGUCUAUCACAUGUUCACCAGUAAACAAAUAUGUUUUCUUGUUGUCAUCUGUACAGGUUCUGAAUAUUUUUUUACCCUGUAAAAUAACAUUAAGUUUUAAAAAUA